GCGGCCACAGCGCCUUCGCGUCGCCUGAGUCCGCUCGGCCCUCGGCCCCGCUCGGGUCCCCGCUCAGCGGCCGUCUCACUGCCCACCCCGCGUUCCCCCGACCCCCGCCGCCUGGCCCCGCCUGGCCCUGGGCUUCCCUCCCUGGGGUCUCGCCCGCGCCUUCCUGCAGCCCUCGGAGGAGCGGGUCCACCGCGGGUCACCAUGCCCAGCAAAACCAAGUACAACCUUGUGGACGAUGGGCACGACCUGCGGAUCCCUUUGCACAACGAGGACGCCUUCCAGCACGGGAUCUGCUUCGAAGCCAAGUACGUAGGAAGCCUGGAUGUGCCGAGGCCCAACAGCAGGGUGGAAAUUGUGGCUGCCAUGCGCAGGAUACGGUAUGAGUUUAAAGCCAAGAACAUCAAGAAGAAGAAAGUGAGCAUUAUGGUUUCAGUGGAUGGAGUGAAAGUGAUUCUGAAGAAGAAGAAAAAGAAAAAGGAGUGGACGUGGGAUGAGAGCAAGAUGCUGGUGAUGCAGGACCCCAUCUACAGGAUCUUCUACGUCUCUCAUGACUCCCAAGAUUUGAAGAUCUUCAGCUAUAUCGCUCGAGAUGGUGCCAGUAAUAUCUUCAGGUGUAAUGUCUUUAAAUCCAAGAAGAAGAGCCAAGCCAUGCGCAUCGUGCGGACGGUGGGGCAGGCCUUCGAGGUCUGCCACAAGCUGAGCCUGCAGCACACGCAGCAGAAUGCAGAUGGCCAGGAAGACGGGGAAAGCGAGAGGAACAGCAACAGCUCCGGGGAGCCCGGCAGGGACCCAGGUGUGCACUGCCAUGCCCAGCUUGAGCUGGUCUCUGAGGAGGACAGCUCGUGUGGUGUUUCUCACAACGCCGAGGAGUGGCUCUUGCUUUCCUCCUGCGGCAGGAGCCUCGCCUGCUGUCCUCUGCAGGCAUCUGCCGGGUGGGUCUCACCUCACCCUCAGGACCCCAUGCUGACAGCCUCACCCCACAUGCUGCUGCCCUCCUCGAUCUCGAAGCCACCAGGCUUGGGCCCUGGGACACCGUUGUCAACCCACCACCAGAUGCAGCUCCUCCAGCAGCUCCUCCAGCAGCAGCAGCAGCAGACACAAGUGGCUGUGGCCCAGGUUCACCUGCUGAAGGACCAGUUGGCUGCGGAGGCUGCGGCCCGGCUGGAGGCCCAGGCCCGUGUACACCAGCUCCUGCUGCAGAACAAGGACAUGCUCCAGCACAUCUCCCUGCUGGUCAAGCAGGUUCAGGAGCUGGAGCUGAAGCUGUCUGGACAGAACGCCAUGGGUUCGCAGGACAGUUUGCUGGAGAUCACCUUCCGCUCGGGAGCCCUGCCUGUGCUCUGUGACCCCACGACCCCUAAGCCGCAGGACCUGCACUCGCCGCCGCCGCUGGGCGCGGGCUUGGCUGACUUUGCGCCCCCUGUGGGCAGCCCCUUAGGUAGGCGCGACUGCUUGGUGAAGCUGGAGUGCUUCCGGUUCCUCCCUUCCGAGGACACCCCUCCCCCGGCACAGGGGGAGCCUGUCCUGGGGGGCCUGGAGCUCCUCAAGUUCAGAGAGUCAGGCAUCGCCUCGGAGUAUGAGUCCAACACUGAUGAGAGUGAGGAGCGCGACUCAUGGUCGCAGGAAGAGCUGCCACGCCUGCUGAAUGUCCUGCCCAGGCAGGAGCUGGGCGACAGCCUGGAUGACGAGAUCGCCGUGUAGGUGCCAGGCAAGGAGACACCAACAGGUGCCAGGGGCCGUGACCGGCUGCUGCUGCCCGGGUAGGAGUGCCCAGGGAAGGCGUGCUGCUGAGGAUAACACCCAGGGUCAAGGAGAGAGGUGAAGGCUUUGAAGGGAGGUUAGGAUGGUGCCUUGGAAGGAAAUCGGGAGGAAUUCGGACUCCCAGGGGUGAGUCAGUUCCGUCUUCUGCUAUGACUCAAAGGUGGUGGAAGCAGGCCUGUCUUGAGCCCCAUGGCUUUGGGAAAGGGUCCCUCUUCAAUAUCACUGGGCUGCUGGAAGACCCCCCUCCCGUACCUGCUAUGCUAUCAGACUCUUCUGCUGUUGUCCUUUGAUGCCCCAGGGGUCCCUCCCUGUCUCCGUGGUCCCGACCAGAAAGGGAAGCCAUUGGUACCUUCUCAGGUACUUUAUAUCAGGAUGCUACCAGUUGCCUAACCCUCCCCCGACCUUACGGGGGAAUUCUUUC